AUGGUAGGAAGAAUUAGGGCCACUGAUGUGGCGAUAUUUUCUAUAAUAUGUGCUGUAGGUGUGUAUACUGGUACCAAGUUUUUCGAGCCAAUAAUUAUCGACCAGUUAAAGAAGGAUGGUAACCUAAGAACGGACAUUGAUGUUCCGCAAUAUGAUGAGGAAGGUAAUCCGGUUUUACCAAAGAGCAUGCUUCAAUUGAGAGAAGAAUUAGACCAGGUUAUAAGGGAGCAAAAGGUAGCGAAAGAGGCUGGUUUCCCUGAUAAGAAAAACUAA